AUGGCGGCUUCUGGACAGUGGCGUGGGAUGGGGAGGCUGGCUGAGAUGGCGCCAGCAUUGGGGCGCUGGCCCCGGUUUUACAGCACAUCCUCCACUUUUGCUGAAGUGCUAAGGCUACCUCAGAAACAGCUAACAAGAGUCGUGUACCCGCUGCGGGAACUGGCACAGCACCUCGUCACGGACACCGGGUCAGGCCUUAUCGAACAGAGACUCUUCGACCCGAGCCUGGAGGACAUCGCCAGGGCGGAGAGCGUCUUCGAGGCCACGGCCCGGAACCGCAUCGAGUACCUCAGCUCCGCGGUUCGCCUAGACCACGCCCCGAGCCUGCGGCAGCCGGAGGUGUGUUUCAUAGGCCGAAGCAAUGUUGGAAAAUCGUCCUUGAUAAAGGCCUUAUUUUCGCUGGCCCCUGAUGUAGAAGUCAGAAUCUCAAAAAAACCGGGGCACACAAAGAAAAUGAAUUUUUUCAAAGUUGGAAAAUAUUUUACAUUGGUGGACAUGCCAGGGUAUGGCUAUAGAGCCCCUGAAGACUUUGUUGACAUGGUAGAGACCUAUCUAAAAGAACGAAAGAACCUGAAGAGAACGUUUUUGCUAGUGGAUAGUGUUGUUGGAAUUACCAAGUUAGACAAUAUUGCCAUAGAAAUGUGUGAAGAAUUUGCAUUGCCUUAUGUGAUGGUCUUAACAAAAAUUGACAAGUCUUCCAAGGGCUAUCUUUUAAAACAAGUGCUUCAGAUUCAGAAAUUUGUUAACACACAGACACAAGGCUGUUUCCCUCAGUUGUUUCCUAUAAGUGCAGUGACCUAUUCUGGAGUCCAUCUGUUGAAGUGCUUUAUAGCAGAUGUAACAGGAAGUCUUAAGUAAACACCCAGAGUACAUGAAGUUCCAAUGUUCUUCAUGUCAACUGGACUGAAACACCUAGAAGAAUACCAAUAUUGUUUUAAAUAUUGUGCAUCUCAACUUGCAGGAGAAUCAGUUGUUUUAAAAAAUCAUCAUCCUAAAGCAAACAUUAAUUUG